AUGGCUUCUAUGUCUGUGCUGAUCACCCUGACCAGUGUUGUUGUUGUUGUCAUCACCACUGACUGGAUCAGUUGGGACAAGUUGAACCGAGGAUUUUUGCCAAGCGAUGAAGUCUCCAGAGCCUUUUUGGCCUCUUUUAUCCUUGUCUUUGACCUCCUCAUUGUCAUGCAGGAUUGGGAGUUUCCACGAUUUAUGGAAAAUUUGGAAAUCAACCUACCUGGUCUUCCAACCUCACAAAUUCACCUAAGACUGCCUCAUUUCCAGAAGAUAUUCAAGGAAGAAUACAUCAUUUGUAUAACAGGAAAAUGGUUUAACUAUGGCAUCAUCUUUCUUGUGUUGAUUUUGGACCUGAACAUGUGGAAGAAUCAGAUAUUUUACCAGCCAUUUGAAUAUGGCCAGUAUGUGGGACCUGGACAGAAAAUCUACACGGUCGGCGAUCCGGAGACAUUAAAGAAUUUAAACAAAACAACCCUAAACUGGGAAUGGCGAUCAACUAAUAUUGACACCCUCACUAACAGAACUUAUGCCCAGAGUGACUUGCUUUUGCACAGUAGGUAUAUAGGUGCUAGACUUGGGAUUAAAUGUCUUGCUUUUAUUCCAAGCAUUUUUGCAUUUAUCUUGUUCGGGUUCUUCAUCUGGUUUUUUGGAAGAUUUCAAAAAAGUGAAUUAAUUGGGAGCAAACAAGAUAAUUUGUAUGUGAAGAUCAAGAGGAAAUCACCAUCUGAAUUUAGCAAAGAUUUGAAUGACUCUGCAGAAGAUACACACACAUCUGGAUCUACAAAGGAUGAAUCAUCGAUGGUCACAGGGUCAGAAUUGGUAACAGCUACAAUACACACAACUACCUCUACUUCUUCUGAAGGCCAGAAUACUUGCUUGGAGAAUUCACAGAGUAACAUAAAGCACGACACAAAGCCAGACGGUGAACACAUGUUCACAGUUCUUUCUGAUGCAUCGACAAAAAAGUUAUCCGACAAAUGUGUUAACGUUUAAAUUUAAAAGCACACGCCUUAAAUGGGAUUUUACCUUUACAUUUUUACAUGUUUGUAGAUCUUUAUACAUGUGCUGUUAGUCAUUUUGACUUGCAAAUUACUGAACUAGACGUAACAAAAAAAACUAGAGUGUGAAGAUGGUGGUUCUGCAGUGGAGCAGCAAUCACUUUUAUCUUUAAAGAAAGCAUAUUAUUGUGCCUAUAUCUAGACAUUCCUUUAUGUCUUGCCUUUUGCAAUGGCUCACAAUUUAUGUUAAUGCUGUAUUAAAAUAUACAGUAAUAUAGUAUCCAUCUCUAACACAAAGAUAAAAUGAUAAACACUGUACUAGUUGUGCCUUGAGAAGUUCCAUUUUGUACUGUUGUCUCAAGGAUUUUUUAUGAGGUGUUUCCUUUCCAACUUCACAAAAUAAAACAUUAGCAGUUCUUAAUUCUCUAAUGAGACUACUUGCAAGGCUGCUGGACUUUUACUCAUGUA